AUGGCUGAUCAUCGUUUUGUUAAAGUCCGUGAAGAUGGGGAAAUAGUUGCUGUUCCUUUGUCAUCUAGUGGAAGAUUGGCGUUGCAUAUGCUGAAGAUUGCUUUCCCGCGUGCUUAUGGCUUAAAGUAUACAGAUCAAAUUGUUCCUACCAAACCUAAUCCAUCAAAAUAUCUUGUCUAUUUUGAUGGAAAAGAAUUUUUUUCUGACCCGAUUGCCGGAUGGAAUGGGAUUUUUGAAGUCUUGUGUACUCCGCCUCCUGCCAGUCCUCCUAGAAGACCUAUGAGUGGUUACGCUUAAAUAUCAAGACGGGAUGCAAACGACCGGUCAUUUUAAAUCUGGUGAAGGAUAGGCGUUUAAAUAUUUUUUGUUUUAAUUUAUUAAUUUUAUGUUUGUGUAUAUGUGGUCUUUUAUA